CAUCAAAUUCGUUAACGAAUCUUUACGCUCUCAACGGUGGUUCGUUUGCCAGACAUUCAGGAUCAAAUGCAUCGCUGCGCAGUCAAUAUAGGCGUACUGCAAGAGCACCAAAUGGAAACAAAUCAGUAACCAGCGGCGAUGUUAACUCUCUGAAGUCGGAUUCCGUUACAGUUGAAACACUUGUAGCUUCUCACGAGAAAAGUGAAUCAGAGGACACGACAGCAAGGUCAUCGACAACAGCUACCACACCAACAAGACAGCAAAUGGUGACUUUUCUUGACGACUCAAAGACUGAUAUCCGAAAAG